CACAAUCACAACAGCAGCAGCAGCAAGACUCAGCAACAACAACUACAACUACAACAGCAACCACCACAAGACACACUUGUUAGGGAAAGCAAAGAGCUGUCUUCUGGAGGCAGGAUGAGAGAGAGAAGAAAGCUUUUGGAGAAAGAGACUGUUCCAUUCCAGGAAAGCAAGGAUCCUCUGUCUGUGUCAGUGUGUGCUUUUGGGGGACUGGGGCGGGAUCAUACCGGUCUUAUGGGACGGGUUUAACCCGGAUUCUGGAGCUCAGCCCCCUUUGAAUUGAGCUGGUUGGAAGCAGCCCUUUGGAGGAACAGUGGAGCUUGGACAGCGCAGCGUUUUCAGCACUCGGACAGCUCCCGCCGCCGGAGAAGGACCGAAAUUUCAGCACCUGGACAGCUCCCCCAUUGGAAACCUCCUUGGAAAGAGAUCGCAGCUGCUGAGAAGGAAAGGACAGCUGUCUCCUGCCUCCCUGCUUCCACGAAGACUCCUCACCCUCUUUUGCCUCCAUCCCUCCAGGACUCCUCCUUGGACCUCAGCAGGGACCAGACUAUGAGGCCAGCCAGCCUGGGGCUCCGGGCUCUGCCGCUCUUUUUUUGCUAUGCACUUCUUCCCGGCAGCGCGGCAGAGCAAGAAGUGGAGAACCUCUCGGGCCUCUCUCCGGACCCUGAAAAGGCGAUUUUUGUUGUUCGUGAGAAUGGCACGACUUGCCUCAUGGCGGAAUUUGCUGCCAAGCUGAUCGUCCCUUACGAUGUGUCGGCCAGUAACUUUGUGGAUACGAUCUCGGAGCAGGCCUCCAUCCCUCUUUCUCGAGGGGCCGAAGAGCGAGGCAAGUGCGGCGCCAACGAGUCGGAGCUCCAGCUCUCCUGGAUGGAGAAGGCCUACACCCUCCGACUCUUCUUCCUCAAGGAGAGUCGGAACACCAGCAAAGGCCCGGAGUCCUGGUGGAAGAUGAACAAGGUCCAGUUCGCCUACGAUUCCUCCGAGCGCACUUACUUCAAGGCCGCCGUCAACCCUGGGAAGCACACGGUCACUACACGACAUCUUUCAGCUUUGGUUACCCCAGCUGGGAAGUCUUAUGAAUGCCAAGCUCAGCAGACCAUCACUUUGCCCUCCAGUGAGCAUCAAAAAUCAGUACUUCUCUUGCUGUCAGAGGUCCGCAUCCAGCCCUUUGACAUCAGCUCUGAUUUUGUCUUCAGUGAAGAACAUAAAUGCACAGUUGAUGAACAAGAACAAUUAGAAGAAACCCUUCCUCUUGUGCUGGGAUUGAUCUUGGGACUGGUGAUUGUGAUAACUCUUGGUGUUUACCAUCUCCACCUCAAAAUGACAGCAAACCAAGUCCAAAUUCCACGGGACAGAUCUGAAUAUAAGCAUAUGGGAUAGCUGGCAAAAUAACAAUUCUGUGGAAACAAAAGCACCUCUUUUACAGAAGUCAGAGAAUGAUUGACUGUACCAUGACCAAAUGGAGAGGGCAAG